AUGGACGCCUGGGUUCCCAAUGUUUCUGCGCACUCGCAGGCCUCCGGACGGAAGAAGUCUAAGAUAAAGCAGGCUGAUGCCGAGGCGUCUUCGAGGCAGCAUGUUGUUCUCGAAACUGGCUCUCGUCCACCCCUUGUCCUCAGAGAAGCGAGCAAGCGGCUCGAAUGGUCAAGCUUUCUUAGCCCUGAUUCCGCCAAACGGCUGCGUACUGUCCGAAGCAACAAUGCACACCCGCUAUUCCCACCUAGCCGACCUGUGGCACCUUCGGCGUCUGGACUACCGCUCAGACAAAAAGCCGAACAACAGGCGCAUGCUCUCAGGACAUUCUAUCCCGACGUCGAUAUACCGUCGGACUUCAUGCGCGAUCAAAUCACGGCCGACGCGCAUUACACGGAGGCGCUUGAAACCUUCGACCCGUUUGCGGGCAACAUGAUGGAUGUAGUCUAUCAUCCUGGCACUGUACAGGGAACUGGGCUGCUUGCUUUCCCCAUGGGCGAGACCAAUGCCGACCUGAACCUAUCACUGGUCGUGGUUUCUAAGACAGGAGAAGUAUCAUUCAAGCCAAACACGAGAGUAGCCCAGCACUUCAGCACCCCCAUACGCAGCUUGCAUGUAGAACAAUCUACGGACUCGAAAGGCCUUGUCGUCCGGACGAUGUCUUCUGCACACGUUUUCCAGAUAGGUCGAACGGCCGAUCUGAAAGAAUUGGCUAACUUCAAUCGCAUAAACCUCGGAGACCGCUUUGCUGCAGAUGUCAAUGCAGACUUGACUGCGGGGGUAGCUACGGUGGUCAACGAUGUCGGUGAAAUCUAUCGUGGGCGCUUCGGGCAGUCGUUCGAUAGCGUACGUAAGAGUGGAAAGGGCUCGUCACUUGAUGGUGAUCGUUUCUAUCGCUUGGGGAGGAGUCGCAUUGGUGACAACACCUUCGUGUUAUCUGCGGGCUCUCUAAUUAGUAUCGACUUUCGUACAGGAGACGUUGGGCCAUCCUUGUUCUCACUCGAAGACAAGAAGGACGUCCUCACUUCGCUAGCGAGCAGCUCUCACCCUGGAGACAACCUCGUCCGACUGACAACGACCUCCGAGAUUGUCUGGCUCGACGAGCGCUAUGCCGUCCGACCAGUGUUCUCAUACAAGCACGGUCGGGCCUAUGAUCGGACUUUACAAGCUGCCAUCGUCAAUACCGGUCCUUCGCCUCGCACGAUACUGCACUCUCGCAAGAACAACCUUUUGUCAAUCUACGAUGUCUCUCAGUCCGGUUUUGACUUGGUUCGGGAACGCUGUCUUCCGUAUACUCUGGCGACCUCUGCUGGGCAUGAGACGCAUUGUGGCUUUCACUUUCUUGAUCCUCCCUUCGGCGCACAGUCGGAUGCGUUACAUGUUCUCCGGCUCUCGACACGCGGCGCUAUCUCCCAGUCAACGCUUUCAUGCAGGGAAACAUCGGAAGCCGAUGAAGACGAAGUUGUGUCGGACGUAGUCGUGGAAUGGUCCAACGAUAUCAAGGAGCUUGAGACUCGCGUCGGGAAGAUUGGUGCCGGGCAGAACCCGAUGAGCAAGCGCAGUCAUAACGUUGUGGAUUUCCGGCGGGAGUAUGAUGAGCACUUCAUGCCGCUCACGUCUAAGGAUGAGCCCUCCGCAGACGAACUUGCCGAUACGCUCGAGAAGAUGCCUUAUGUGUGGCAACACUUCGACGAGCCUCCUCAUGGGAUGAUGACGCUUUCAGACAUCGCACUGCGUUCAUCAGACGUAGAACGAGGCAGCACACGCGCCGACUCCCUCGCGCAACAUUCUCUCUCCGGCGUAAGAGGAUACCGCGCCGUCGAACAGCAACGCCUGCCCACAGACCAAUUGGCUCAGCGCGCACCAUGGCACACCAGUAUCGCCCCCUUCCUCCAGCGCUACGUCCCGGAUGCUCCGGGAGAUGGCACAUUACCGAACCUCUCGAAGUACAACCUGAAAGAGGACGACCAUCGCUCGGGCGCAUCGCUUCGCCGCGAGCGCACGGCGGCGCAACAGCUCGCGCUCGAUCUAGCGCUUUCGUCGCAUGUCUACGCGCCUCAUGCAUUUACUUCGACCGCCGAGGAGAAGGCGCCGCCCGCGCCUCUGGAGGACGAUAUCGACGCAAUGUCCCGCGCAGCAGGCGCUAUGAAGCUCGCAGACGACGACCCAGCGUCUAAAGUCCCCCCAGUCCGCUUCGGCUUUCUCAGACCUUCAUUCAAGCCCGAUUCCUCCCGCAAGAAACGGCGAACUGGUAGCAAAGCGCGCAAGAAUGCCGAAGAGGGUGGAGAAGAAGGCGAGGAGGAGGAGAAAGACCACGAGAUCCCGUUGGGCGUGCGGUUGUUGUUGUCGGAGUGGGAGGUCGGGACGGAUCCGGAGAAGUAUGAGUAUGUUGAUCCGUAUGGGGUUGAUGGGGAGGCUCCGCGGACGGUUUUGACGCGUCAGGGUGCUUCGGAGUCGCAAGCGCCUACGCAGGGGCAGACGCAGCAGAGUAUACCAGGACCAUCGCAGGGUCGCGUCCCCCCAGUAGUUGCCGCUAGCCAAAGACUCGCGACAGUCGCCAGUCAGCGACCGCCCACGAUCAUGCCGAGCUCGCAGCCGCCCGUCAUCCAGCGCGCGGCACCUCCGACCGUACAGCGUGCAGGGCCAAGUACGCUCGGGAAGACGCCGAGCAUGGGCGCUUUCUCACUCUCGCAGACGCAAGCGGAGCCCAGCCAAACACAGGCUUCGCAAGCAUCACAAGUCAUGCCGAGCACGCAGGUCAUGCCUGGUCCGUUUGGAGGACGACCGGGUGCACGGACUGGAUUGGGAGCUGGAGGGGCGAAGAAGCCUGUGAAGAAGAGGAGGGGAGGGUUCUGA